GUUUAGCUGGAUAGAGUCAUGCUAUCUUACAGAAUAAGCACAAGAGGUGUGUGUGUUUUUCCGCCUCUGCUUUCCCCUCGUUGUCAUAUUUGUAAUAAUUCGUCACUGGCACACAAUCAGCGCCCACAAGAUGAUCCUUCUGAUAUUCGAGCACAGUUACAAUACCAAAGAAAUUCAGACGUGAUCAAAAACUUAAACAUAUUAGCAGAGGAAGAUAAUACAGAAGAUGAUGUGGAACCAACGACGUGUAUUUCCAAGGGAACACUAAAACGAACUAACGUCCCGGAAUAUAUUUCAUUGACUCAUUUCAAUGAUUCUGUGUCUAAAGUGCCGGAGUUAUCACACAAUCUUGCUUCUACCUUAUUCUCACCAGGAGUGCAUUAUAUGACAGACCCAAGAACAAAUCAUUUUAAUUUUGAUAAAUCGCUAACGAAUAUCCCUCACAUUGAUACUUUAAAAAUGGAUAAGAUAAGUCAUUUUACUCCGUCAUCAAGAGAUACCAAACUCUUAGAUAUUGCAAACACGUUGAAUAAGAGAAGAUUGAAAAAGCAUCCUCAUAAGAAAGCACCUGCAGUGAAAUUUUUCUCUUCUACUUCCUCGAUGACCAGUGUGUUGAUUAAGUUCCAUAAAUAUCUCAGUCACAACCGGCCUAUAAACACAACUUCAUUUUCAAAAUUCUAUCCAGAUGCAACACAAUUUACAAGAACUUCCGAUGUCCCAACAUCUUUAGUUGUCACUCCCAAGGAUGAUGAUAAGCAAAUAUAUUCUUUGGAUGCUGAUAGAUCAACUGAUUCUGAGAUUACUCUUUCAAUUUUGGGGAAUGCCUUAGAAUUAAUGCUAACUAAACCCUCUGAAGAAUUCCAGAAAUUUCUUAAAUCUUCUAAAGAGGUACCUAAGGAUGAUUCCUCUGCAUACCACUAUGCCAAGAUAGGGAAAUUCCUAGUUAGAUCACAGUUAGAUGCAGUUGACACACGCCUGCCUGGAACAGGUACGUUUGAUAUCAAAACAAGAGCAGUUUGUGCAAUUAGAUUUGAUUUAAGUCAUACAGACUAUUUCCCAACAAAUUAUGAGAUAAAUAAAACAUACGGUCUUUUUGAAAGUUUUGAAAGAGAGCUCUUUGAUGCUGCCAGAAUCGUCAUGUUUAAAUACAGCUUGCAAGCAAGACUUGGUAACAUGGAUGGUAUAUUUAUGGCGUUUCACAACAUCAAAAAGUUUUUAGGUUUUCAAUAUCUACCAUUAACCGAUAUUGAUAAUAUCUUUUUUGGUGAAUACUCUAUUUUGGGUAAAAAGUACGGACAGAAAAUACUGGACAAAACUUCGGAAGAGGCAAAUGCAGAAGAAGUCAAUACCUCUAAUCAACUUACUUUGAAGAAUAUUGUUAAUGAUUUUGGCAACCACCAUCAAACAAAGAGAGAAGUUCUUUCAUCUUUUGUUGCGGAUUAUGAACUCCGACUUUCGAUGAAUUUGUUAGAAGCACUUCUUGAGAAUAUCGUAAAAGAUACCAAAGGGAAACCAUUUAGAAUAAUUUUCAAGAAAAUUAAAUCUAAUAUGAUAACUCCACCAGAACCUAAGCCUGUGGAGGCUACCGAUACAGAGACACCGAAGGAAAAUAUUACUGAAACCAAGACUGCAAGUGAGAAGCUUGAAAAUAUGGUAAAGCCUGAUUCAACUGCAGAAGAAUUAGCUUCUACUUCGGGUGCACCAGAUUCAAUUGUUGUCAUUGUGAAUACUCUUGAAAAAGAAGAGCUAAAUGAACUGCAAAUGCUCACCCAGGAAAAACUUGAACAGAGUAAACAAAUUGUCAAAAAUGCCCAAAAUAAUAAAAGCAUGUCACCAAGUGACCGGAUCAAAUAUUUUUCCAGAUAUGUUUCUGAUUUCAGAAACAAAUUUUUCAAAUUGAACAGAGUCAUUUUGAAAAACAGUGAAAAGGAAGGUUUUUUUGCAUAUCAACUACAAGCCGAUCAUUACUUCAACGGCACUAAAUCUGAAGACAAGCAUCCUAUGCCUGCGAUUGAGAUUCUCGAUAAGGAUAGUGACUACUCUUGGGAUGUGAAGUACUCUAUCAACAGAAUAAACAGAAUCGCAGAUAAGAAAUAUCUUUAUAAUAAGUUCAUCAAAAAUAUUGCAUUCACGUCAUUCCGAGACGCUGACAGUGAGAGCAAUAUAGAUGUUUACACCGACGAAGGUGAUGUGCAGCUAGAUGAAAAUGCGACAGCAUUGCAAAAUAUCACAAGAGCAUACAGUGCCAAAGCUCUGAAAAGGAAAGAGCUAUCAAAAUCCAACCAGUAAAUGAAGAGUCUGUAUACUUGAAAUCUGUAUAAAAUACUUUACAACACCGCCUUGUACAUACACUACAUUGAUUUUUUUUUCACUUUUUUUAUUUUUUUUUCAAUUAAUGCAUCUCAGA